AUGCUGGAGAGCUUGCGAGUGGCACUGCCCCAUGUCCAGCCUGGGCCCUUGUUAGUAUGUUAUGGUGACAUCAUCUUCCGUCACAGCGUGGCGCGGCAGCUUCUCGAAACAGCCGGAGGUGUCACCGUGGUGGUCAACGCCGCUGCACCCGGCAAGGAGAGCAAGGGCUUCAGCGAGGUUGAAGUUGUUGCAGCGAGCGGCAGUGGAUCUGAUCGCACCAUUCGCCGGAUUGGCAAGGGUCGGCGUGUCAGCGAGUCGGAGUCCUCAGGGGAGUUCGCCGGGCUGGUAAAAUUUUCCAGUUCGGGGAGAGCGAUCAUGGAAGACAUGAUGCGCCGCCUCUUUCAGGAGGAUGAGUCCUGUACGGGCCAGACGGGUCAAGCAUGGAACCUUCCGUGGUGGCUAGAACCGGUCAGCAGGGCCAGCUUGUGUGACCUUCUGCAGCUCAUGGCUGACGAGGGCAUCAACAUCUCCCUGGCAAUGGUCUUCGGCGGAUGGCACGAGGUCAACACCCCGCCAGAUCUAACCAGGGCAUGGAACGAUACCGCCUUGUUCCUCUCAGAGGAGGACACGGUGACGCAAGUGAAGGCUAUGGGUGCUUGCCUUCUGAGUGAAGCCAAUGAUCUGAAACGACCGCUGCCCAUCGUUGCCAAGGAACUCAACGUGAGCUUGGAAAGGCUGGAAUGUCUGCUGAAGGGCAACUUGGAAGUCAGUGACGCCCUAGACAUCAUGCGCAAAAUGAGCGAGGUCUAUGCGGUGCCGUUGAAUGAUCUGUGGCUGGACGCAGACGACACCGAUUCUGGAGUUCGCCUCUUUACCAUGGAAGCCUCCGAAUCAUCUGCGAGAAUACUUGACAGAAAGGACAAGACAGGACAGAGAACGCCGUACUACGAGUACCGCGAUGCUGCCAUGAGCCGCUGCAGCCAAUUUCGGCCAGAGUGGAUCAAGGUACUUCGCGUUGUUACAUCUGGUGAUGCCACUGAUCCAGAUGUACAAAUGAACAAUGGGCAUCUCAUGAUGCAGACCACCUUGUUUAUCGGCCCUGUGGAUUUCUACUACCGUGACAGACAUGGCAAAGUCCACCGGAAGGAGAUGAACACAGGAGAUAGCAACUACAUCUCGCCGUUCGUCCCACACUCUUUCACGGCACGGGCGGGAAGCCCUGAAGCUAUCAUCAUAGCAGUGACAUAUGGCGGAGCGGUUCGCCGGGCCUUCACAGAACUUUCGCGUGUGGGGGCAAAGCAAGUGGCAGCACUGGCUGGCGACUCUCGCAACCCACAAGAAGCUCGGAAGUGUGUCCUGAAGCGGUGCCUGGCUGCGGAGUGCUUGACUACGGCGGAUUUGGUCGCCUUGUUGGCAGCCAAGGGCCUGAAUGAAGGUCGUGUCCAGGACCUUCUGCAGGGAGCGGAGGGCAGCCACUCUGAGCUCCAGAUCCUCGCCGACGUGUUGAACGUUCGAGUAUCAGAUUUGCUCGUCAGCCCUCUUGAGGAUGAGGAGGAGGUGGUGGUGACCUUUGCAGAGCACAGCCGAGAGAGUGCUCGAAAAAGGAAGACCUAUGUUUUAUCUCCAGGUGCUCGGACAAGGCACCAGCCUGAUUUAAAGACCUUCGACUUGGAGGUGCUGGACUCCGCAAUGCCCGGCGAAAGUCUGAGCUGCGGCCUCCACACCUUCAUCUACCACUUUGGCUCUGAGGCUGUGGAGUUGAGGUGGUCCGCUAGAUCUGGCAACUCCCGCGUUGCAAUUCUUCGGCCGGGGGAUUCUGCUUACAUAGCGCCUUUGGUAGAGCACAGCUUCUCCGUGAUCAGCGGUGCUACCCAGGAGCCAGGCAUGAAUGGUGCGGCGUGCGGGAAAGGCAGACGCUUGUUCGUUGUGCGCAUCCCUGGGCAGCUGUCCGGAGAGACGCUUGCGGAGUUUGCAACCUUUUCCACCCACGGCCGCGAGCGUGUCGGAGCUGAAACUGUUCAGUGGUACAACUAA